CUGAACAAAUUCCGAGAUUCCACAAACAACCCAGAGAGCUCCAGGAAUGGCGAUCCGUUCCCUGAAGCGGAUAGUCCCGCCCAACGCCCUGGAGGGCUUCUUCCUGGUGGUCCUGGUGGCGGGAAUGACCGUGGUCCUGGCCAUCCUCCUCAACAUGAUGAUGCCGCAAAUGGUGGCCCAGGGAACUGCAGCUGUGACACUCUACACCCUGCUGGGCUUCUUCCUCUACACGAACAUCAUCACCAACAUGGCCAUGUGCAUCCUGGUGGACCCCCGAGCCGAUCCCAAGCGCAUGGCCCUGGAACUGGAGCUGGCCGGGGGCGGCAAGGGCUGGCACGAGUGCACCGAGUGCCAGAUGUGGGUGCCGCCGCGCUCCCGCCACUGCCGGAUCUGCGCGGUGUGCGUCCUGAAGCGAGACCACCACUGCAUCCUCACCGGCUGCUGCGUGGGCCACCACAACUACCGCUACUUCUUCUACUUCGUCCUCUACAUGUUCCUGGCCUCUGCCAUCUCGUUCGUGGUGGGCCUGGACUUUGUCUACGUCCACCGGGCCGGCAACUUUGAGUUCUUCCCCAUCUACGUGUCCCUGUUCGUGAUCGUCAUCAUCAUGUCGCUACUCUUCAUGGUCAUGUCCGGCUGCAUCCUCUACAAGCAGUGGCCAGCUAUACGGUAUGGGGCUACCAGCCUGGAGGCGGAGGCCCACAACUUUCAGUACAAUCUGGGGGUGCUGGGGAACCUCCGGAUGUUCCUGGGCAAGUGGAUGGUUCUGACCUGGAUCUCGCCGUUUAUUCCCAGUCCACUGCCCCUCGACGGCGUACACUGGGAGGUUACUAACAGGGAGGUAGGGGAUUGUUUGUGAAGGAGGCACAACUUCCAUUCCAUUUCAUGCCCAACUAUGCCAAAACCAAUAAAGUUCAAGCAGCGAGAAGCGAGCGAUGCUACCUGGAUGUUCA